AUGGCACUAUCUCUGAAAAACCAAUUUACUCGGUUCUUUACAUUUAUGAGUAUCCUUUUGCUUUCUUUAGCUGAACCUACAGAAAAGAUCACUUCAUGUUUGACUCUCCACAACAUCAACAACUUUACUACAUUCCCCAACACGGAAAAUGUCUCUGAUUCGUACUUUAAGUUGCUCAACUUUUCUAUUCAGAAUCUACGGUUUGCUGAGGCGACAGUUCCUAAGCCAAUAGCCAUUAUACUCCCUGAGAGUGUUGAACAGAUAAUAAACUCUAUAUUGUGCUCCAGAGAAGUGUUCUUGGCAAUCCGAGUGAGGUGUGGUGGACACAGCUAUGAAGGUACAUCAUCUGUUGCUGCUGAUGGAGCUCCAUUUGUGAUCAUUGACAUGAUGAAUUUGAACAGGGUUUCUGUGGAUUUGGAAACCGAGAUGGCAUGGGUGGAAGGAGGUGCAACACUAGGUGAGACAUACCAUUCCAUUGCCAAAGCAAGCAGUGUUCACGGUUUCUCAGCUGGGUCAUGCCCAACUGUUGGUGCCGGUGGCCAUAUUGCUGGCGGUGGAUUCGGACUACUUUCAAGGAAAUAUGGACUUGCAGCUGAUAAUGUGGUGGAUGCACUUCUUGUUGAUGCUGACGGACGAUUGUUAGACCGACAAGACAUGGGAGAGGAUGUGUUUUGGGCCAUUCGGGGAGGUGGUGGGGGUGUUUGGGGGAUUGUCUACGCAUGGAAAAUCCAGUUGUCCAGAGUGCCACAAACAGUAACAGUUUUUGUGGCGUCUAGAGCGGGAAACAAAAGCCAUGUAGCAAAUCUAGUAUAUAAGUGGCAACAUGUUGCACCCUACUUGGAGGAUGACUUCUAUAUCUCCUGUUUUGUUGGUGCUGGUUUGCCAGAAGCCAAGACCAGCGGUACUACUGGGAUAUCAGCGACAUUUAAAGGCUUCUACCUGGGUCCAACAAGUAGUGCUAUUUCCACUCUGGAUAAAGUUUUUCCUGACUUGGGUAUUGUAAAAGAAGAUUUCAGGGAAAUGAGUUGGAUCGAGUCGAUCGUAUUCUUCUCCGGCCUAGGAGGUAAUGGAAGUUCUGUCUCGGAACUGAGAAAUCGGUACUUGCAAGACAAAGGUUUUUUCAAAGCCAAAUCAGACUAUGUGAGGACUGCAAUUUCUUACACUGGCAUAAGCGCCGCAGUGGAAAUACUUGAGGAGGAGCCGAAAGGGUACGUCAUCUUAGACCCUUACGGUGGGAUUAUGCAUCGUAUAAGCAGUGAAUCCAUUGCUUUUCCUCACAGAAAAGGUAAUCUCUUUACAAUUCAGUACCUGGUGGAGUGGAAGGAAGAAGAAAAUUACAAAAGAAACGAGUACGUAGGUUGGAUAAGAAGAUUAUAUAGUUCAAUGACACAAUAUGUGUCAUGGGGUCCAAGGACUGCUUAUAUUAACUACAUUGACCUUGACCUCGGGGUGAUGCGUUUGGUUGACACCAGAGUUCGAACCAAGGAUAAGGAUGAUGAUGCCGUGGAGAUUGCCAGGGUUUGGGGUGAGAAGUACUUCUUGAACAACUAUGAUAGAUUGGUUAGAGCGAAAACAAUUAUUGAUCCAAGUAAUGUUUUCAGUAAUCAACAAGGGAUUCCUCCAAUGUCAUAUCUGAGUCAGCCUAGGAGUAACGCUGCGAGUUAGACUCAGAUCGAGGCUUGUAAUCGUAUUAUUCAUAUAUAUGCGA